AUGGCUUCUCCAUCCUCUCCCAACACUCGCUUAGAGGACGAGUCAGAUUGGCAAUAUGGGCCUCGUGCCACCAAACGACGCAAGCAAGCUUCAACUCCGGGUGCAUCAAAACCAUCCCCUCGCGAGAUCGGCUAUAUGAGAGAGUCCCAGAACGACGGCUCUGCCAGCUUUCUUGGGAGCUCCAGUGGAAUUCAUUUUGUUCGGCAUGUAUACGGUGCCUUUGCACGCCGCUCCGCAGAUCUACAGCAGACGCGAGCAGGGGAUAGGAGUUCCGUUCCUGGAGAAGAUGAUCGACUGCAACGAGACUCCGGGCACCACGACACGAAUGAGCUAUGGACAAAGCAGGAGGUGGAUAACUCACCAAACAAUGAUUUCACUUUUGAAGACCUUGUCCAUUGGACCCGUCCGUACUUUGAAAACUGGCAUCCGAUUUUCCCUUGCCUUCAUGCCCCAACGAUUUUGAAAGCUAUGGAGGCCCUGUGCCAUCAUGGCUUAUGUUCAAUCAAAAGACUGGAUCUAAUAGUCAUUCGCUGUCUUGUUUCGGUAUCAUUGGCCGACACACGACAGGUCCAAUCCUCCGAACCCCUGAAGCCUGUUCCUGGCCCUCUGUUAUUUCUAACCAUGCAUAAUAUCAUGCAGGAGAUACAGAGUUUGCUAGCAGAGCCAACAACACUCCCAUUGUUGCAAGCCGCAUUUACUGUUCAACUUACCCUGACUGCCCUUUUGCGCCUCAAUGCUGCCUCUCGUGUGGGCGGAAUCAUUACACGAACUGCUUUCCACUUAGGUUUGCAUCGAUGCCCUGGCCGCUUUUCCUGCUUCAGCAGCGAAGAAGUUGAUAUAAGACGUCGCCUUUUUUGGUCAAUAUAUUCUCUCGAGCGAUACUUGUCUCAGGCUCUUGGCGUCCCUCUCAGUAUUCGAGACGAUGACAUUGAUGUUUGCUACCCUGGAGCCGAAAGACACGUUGAUCCACCCAAUCACUGCGAUGCCGGUCGCCUCCAACUACUUUGUCACCUUGCGAAAUUUGCAAGAAUAAGAGGCCUGAUUUUGGAGUUGCGCAACAAAUCUAUCUUGCAUAGUCAUGCUGGUACAUUCGAGGCAUCGCAUGUAAACGGCGAACUGUCUCAAUGGUGGAAUGAAGUUUAUGACGACGUCAAUCCCAUCGAGGAUAACUCAGAUACGCCGGGUGACCUCCAACAAAAUCCUAUUUUCGCUCCGUAUCACAGGCUUCUGCUCAUGGUUCUAAGACAUGAAGCAAUCAUAUCUAUGAACAGACCUCUUCUCGCCGCUGAGAAACCCAACCCUGAUUACAAGAAUGCUUUACAAACAUGCAUUGGUUCUUCGCGGUCUUUGCUUGCUGCUUUGAGAAAGUUCAUGUCUUCUUCCUCUGAUACCCCCUUGACCUGGCCAUCCUUCACUUGGACAACAUGGAUGGCAUGCCUCAUCUUGAUGUAUGCAUCGUGGGAAGGCGAACUUCCUGUAGCCACCGCUUUGAAAUAUGCCAGGAUGGGCAUAUCUGUGCUGGAGCAUCUCGCGCUUCGAGGGAGCAGCUGGCCAGAGACAUGUAUCGAAGCAAUUAAAAGCAUGGAGUCAGCUUUGCUCUCCAACAUUGGAUCCCAGGAAACACCAUCCAGCUUGGUUGCCAAUGAUAGAAUCUUGACACGAAAUCAAACCGGUUCUCCCAGAAAUCUCACACCACGCCGGUCAGUGGGUGGUAUUCCAACUCUCGCUUCUUCCGAUAACCAAGGAACAAAUUCAUCUCAGGUUGAUCCACCUUCGAUGACAGCACAAAGAUUCCGAACCCCGGCAAAUCCUGCUAACUCUGGGCAGCCACCUGACUCGGCAAUCAUUCCGCCACAUGAUAACCACGGCCCCGCAAUUGAUCUACCCGUGCUGGAUGUGUAUUCAUCAAACGGACAAACUUCAGCUGGACUGAUUUUUGGCAACAUGGCGAACACCCAUUCCAACAUCUACUCAGGGAAUAUAGGCCAGGAGUCUCAACCAUUUUCGGACGCAUCUUUUUUCAUGAAUGAUCUUUGGAGUGUAGCAGAUGGGCCAUGGAUCAUUGAUGGAAACUUCCUAUAA